AGGCGGGACUUAUUCAUUCACUUUCAAUUUCGGUCGGGUGAAUAUGGAGUUGCUGUUUGGCUAAAAAAGACGAUUAAAUAUAAGAUCAAAACGAUUCUAAUCAUACCGCUAGUCUAUAUACGUUUUAGUUCAACGUCGACGGUGCGUCUUUUGUGCGUAAGCAUGCUGGGGGAGAAUGAGCCCGAGUGGUUGUCCGAGGAGGUGAAAACUGGAACCACUAUCCUUGCCAUAGAGUUUGACGGAGGGGUUGUGCUGGGGUCUGAUUCACGAGUCUCUGCAGGGGCUUCAGUGGUAAACAGGGUAAUGAACAAACUUUCUCUACUCCAUGACAAAAUCUACUGCGCGCUUUCAGGCUCUGCUGCUGAUGCUCAGACCAUUGCAGAGGUGGUCAACUAUCAGCUGGAUGUCCACAGUAUGGAAAUUGGAGAAGACCCCCAAGUUCGCUCCGCUGCCACUUUGGUCAGAAACAUCUCAUACAAAUAUAAAGAGGAGCUAUCGGCACAUCUGAUAGUGGCUGGAUGGGACAGGAGAAAAGGAGGACAAGUUUAUGCAACACUAAAUGGACUCUUGAGUCGUCAGCCCUUUGCAGUUGGAGGCUCUGGGAGUUCGUAUGUGUAUGGAUUUGUGGAUGCAGAAUAUCGAAGAGGCAUGAGCAAAGAGGAGUGUCAAAAGUUUGUUCGUCAACAGUGAGUAUCAUUGUGGUAUUCAAUAACAGGUUUAACAUUGUGUAACUCAGGUAUGGACACAAGAAUGGAUCACAUGUUUCCUUAUAUUGAUAGGACAUUCUUAAAAUUCACAUUUAUUGUUUAUUAAGAAUAAAUAAAUUGGCUUUCAAUAAAGGUGAAAUAAAGGCAGCUUUCCAGAUUGUGGGCAUGCCACCUGCUUUCCUUGCCUGUAAUGUUCCAUACUAUGGCAUUAAACAUAUCCAUCUCCAACAAGAGACAAGUGGGCAGCUAUAGAGGCAAACAGAGGGAUAAUAUUGUGUUUGGGCAUCUAUCAGAUGUUGAGCUAGACAGCUGCAUGAUCUGAUGAUAUACUCUCAUACUUUUUGUUUUUACAGCCCUGUCUUUGGCGAUGAACAGAGAUGGCUCAAGUGGAGGUGUGGCUUAUCUUGUCACAAUUGAUGAACACUGCACAGAAGAGAAAGUAAUUCUGGGAAAUGACUUACCCACAUUUUAUGAUCAGUGAGACAACCUGAAAUAUGUUAAAAUACAAUCAAUAAAAUGCAUUUUCAGUACAA